UCAUUUCUGCAGAAGAAAAUUAGGGAAAAAGAAAAAGAAAAAUUAAGAGAUCGGUGUGCAAAUUGCAAUCGCCGUCGCCGGAAUUCUCACAACCUACACAUCGGCCAAAUUUUCCGAUACCUAUCUCAUCGCAACAAUGACAACUUCAAGGAGGCUUGCUGACAGGAAGGUUGAGAGGUUUGAGAAGAAUAUCACCAAGCGAGGUGCUGUUCCCGAGACUACCACAAAGAAGGGAAACGACUUUCCAGUGGGCCCAGUCUUGCUUGGAUUUUUCAUUUUUGUCGUCAUUGGUUCAUCUUUAUUCCAGAUAAUCAGGACAGCAACAAGUGGAGGGAUGGCUUGACUUCAGUUCAUCUUCUUUCAAUAUUGGACAGCUACUGUGGUUGUCUUUUAUUGAUCUUUCAUUAUGUGUUGUUUUAAGGCAGUAAGCCAAACUUAGAAAUCUAGUAUCUUACAGUGCAGUUUUGUUGUGAAUUUAUUUACCGAAACACCCCUCCGUACUCUUUUCUUUCUUCGACAAUGAAGUUUGUUUAGACUUUUGAAUCGCACAUUCCUAGUAUAAUACAAGUUUAUUAUUAGUUAUUGUAAUACUUAAUUCUAUGUCUGCUCCGCCAUUGUGAUACGAAAAUUAGAGUCGACUUCUC